ACGCGAUGGGACAAAAUCAUUGUAUUCUGUGCUAGUGUUAUUUUGGGACUAUUAACAACAAGAUAUUGGUUUUUGCGUAUCAGUGAUGUUUUGGUCUACUCCUAAACGGAAACAGAGUCCAAUAUCCUAAUAAGUUUGAACGAGCGACUUCCUAAAACACAAUUGAAAUGACGUCGACUCUAAACUGAGUAAGCCAAAGGCCGGAGAUUUAGCUGUCUGAUUUUAUGAGUAUUUCAAAUACCACCUAUUGACUACAAGGUUAACCGAUGUAGUUGGAUAUUCGAUUCAUUCGUCACGUGUAGAAUUGGGCAUGAAUAUUGAACUGUAAAGUUGGGUUCAAAAUGUUGCAAUUUUGUUUGAUUACAUUAAUCGUGGAGUGGUGUAUAUUUGCUCAGAUGACCGCAGUGAGUACAGCAGAGAGUCAUGUGUGUAGUCCACCGAAACGAGUAUCAAAUUUUUCUGCCGACGUUAUUAUUGGAGGAUUAGUACCAGUUCACGCGGGAGGAGAAUUAAAACUAAACGAACCUGGAGUGAUGUGGGUUCAGGCAAUGAUGUACGCAAUUGAGGAAAUUAACGAGAACAAGAGUUUGUUACCGAACAUUAGACUCGGAUUUGAUAUUCGUGAUUCGUGUAACAUAGCUGACUUAGCGUUGGGGGCCGCUUUGGAUUUCAUGCUGACGCCAACCGCCAAUGGAUCUUACAUGAAGACGUUUGAUAACAAAAGCGAGUCGAGUUGUUUCUGUAAUAAGAACGCAAAUCACAGUAGUCCUCCAGUAAUAGCAGUGGUCGGUGGUGCUUCAUCAAGAAUUUCCACGACAGUGUCUACUGUGUUCUCUACAGAUAAUAUUCCGCAGAUAAGUUACUCGUCGACAAGUCCAACUCUCAGUAACAAAGAUGUUUACCGCACGUUCUUCAGAACUAUCCCGUCUGACCUGUACCAAGCUAGGGCAAUCGCGGAUAUAUUGGAGUAUUUCAACUGGACCUAUGUUUCUAUUGUUGUCUCAGAUGAUGAGUAUGGUAGGAACGGUUUGAUCGCGUUAGGAAAAAUUCUUAAAUCAAAAAGAUUUUGUAUCGCAGAAGAAGCUUUGUUCUCCAUGAACUCGAAUGAAGAAACAAGACGAGACGCUGAUCGUAUCAUCCAGCGGCUACAAGAAGACACUCGACAACGGGUUGUUGUGCUUUGGUGUGAAAGACCUGCAGCCAUUGAAUUCUUCAAAGUAGCCACUGGCAAGUUAUCGAAUAUAACCUGGAUUGGCACAGAAUCAUGGGGAGACAACGAGAAAGUUAAAAACGAGGUUGAUUUCGACCUGAUAGGAGGAAUGCUAGGUGUUCUGCCUUUUCUGGGGAGGCACGCGAAGUUCGAUGAGCAUCUGAAAAGUCUUACACCUAAAUCUAGACAAAAGAACCCAUGGUUGAUCGAAUACUGGUCACAGAAUAAGUUUCCGACAAGGUGUAUCAAAUCACCAGGGAACUGUACAGAUGAAGAACUACCAAAUGCGUCCUCCCUGCCUCCUAAUAAAUACGCCAAUGUUAUGGAUGCUGUAUAUGCGAUUGCACACGGGCUUCAAAGUCUACAAAACUUGUAUCCAAAUUUGGACAUUUCUACACUGGAUAAACAAAUGCUUGGGGAAUUAAUGAAGCAAAUUCGAAACGUAACUUUUCACGCACUGUCUGCGAAAGGAAAGUUUGAAUUCACUGAAAACGGUGACCCUGGCUUCGGGGCUUACUUGAUCAAGAAUUUACAAGGUACUCGUGACAAUAAGGAGUUCGUUAGUGUGGGGCAAUGGAGUGGAGAGGAUUCCAAGUUAGAGUUCGAGAAAAAUGUAAAGAUACAGUGGAAUUAUGGCGGCACUGCGGCCCCUCUCUCAAGAUGUUCUGAAAUAUGCGAGGCAGGCUUUGGUUUCGUCAGAUCAAGCAGGCAAUGUUGCUGGACAUGUCCCAAGUGUCAGGCUGGCUAUUACAAGCCGAGUGUUGGUAAGUCAUACGUCAUAGCUUGUAAAGAUACGUCUGAAGACAAAUCGAAAAUGAUUUGAAAUAUACAGUUUCUUAAAUAGAUUGUUUAUAGUGUAUACUAAUAAUAUUGGUUUUAUAUUUGUUGGGUUCUCGUAAUCGUUUACAUAAAGAGUAAAAUAUAUUGGUACUUGCAAGUUGCAAAAUAUGCUUCAAAAUAUAUUGAUGCAUUCAGGAAAUCAGAUCAUAAAAAACGGUCUGCCACUGUCUGGUGCAAUUUGCAUAAUGAGAGCUGUCUAAAACAUAUUUCUGUCGAUAAAAACUCGUUUUAAGUUUGGGGAUUUCUAUUCAUUAAUCAAAAACGUCUUGAAACUAAUUCACAGAAUUUUAUUAAUAAGUAAAUUAUUUAGACUGAAUCAAAAUUUUCACAUCUUAAAAUAUCUUUUUAAUGGGUGAUUGAAAUUAUUACAUACAUUUACCUAGAAUUUUCCGGUUAGAUUCACUUUACUAUAAAGAGCUUUAGCACCAACACAUAUUUCGCUUUCGCUAUCCUUAUUUACAACGUACAGUAUCAUGUAAUUCAGUAGCGCACGCUAUCUUUAUUGUAGUAUAUUUGUAUGUUUAUUGUCAGUAGUAUUGUGUGUAAAUGAAUUCAAUCAGUUCACUUUAGUUAUUUAUAUUCCAAUGAGCCUUAUACAAACAAGAAAUUAAAAAAUGGAAUUCAUUCAAAUCAAAAUUAGUUAAUAUAUAGACCUGCAUGUCUCGAAGAGCGUCUAGCGUCUAAAGUUUCUUUGUUCUCGUUUAUAAUUUAGCUUGUGCAAGGUCAAGGUUUUAAAUAGGUUUGCUAUUGUCUAAUAAAAGUUGCGAUGUGUAGAGAAUGAAGUAUUUGGCGAUAUAGAAUGCAAUUUGUUUCAGCAAGUUUACUUUGUUUAGUGUGAAUGAACUCUUUUAUUCGAGGCAAUACAGUUUGCGUUCUAUGGGCUGGAUUAUUGUUAAGUUUGGGAUUAGGAUCACGUUGAUUUAAUAAAGGAAGCUGUAUCAAGGCAUUGGAGUGCAAAUAAAAUCGGAAUUCUUUUAUUUACAUAAAUGUAUUUACAUCUAUUCCAAUACGGCUUGUAACUCGUGGGCUGGAUUAUAAGGAUUAGUGGUAGUUUAAGGGAGUAUUUCGAUGAUUUAAGACUCCAAUGAAUAUAACUCUAUUCUUUUAUUUCAGGCAAUGUCGCUUGUGAAUCCUGUGAAGAAGGAUACAUCUCAAACAACGAGAGAACGGCAUGUGUGAAAGUUGAUGAAGACUUCCUCAAGUGGAAAUCCCCUUUUUCCAUCGUCACGCUCGUGUUUUCUUUUCUGGGCCUUGUUUUCGUUCUAUUCAUCAUCGCCGUCUUCGGGAAAUAUUCGGGAACAGCCGUAGUGAAGGCGUCCAAUCGCGAGGUGUCCCUAGUCCACCUGACGUGCCAUGCUCUUCUAUUCUUGCUGCCACUCCUGUACAUAGGUCGGCCAACCGUGGCGACGUGUAUAAUACGCUUAAACUUAUUCCCAGUGCUUUUCACAUUCAUCACGGCCAUCAUGUUUCUCAAGACAGAUCGAAUCGUGCGGAUUUUUAACUCCAAAUCGAGGCUCACGAAACGAAGUCGAUUACUUAGCAACAAAGUUCAAUUCUUGCUGACGUUCGUUCUGACCCUAUUUCCAGUGAUAGGCACGGUAAUUUGGCUUGUACUCAGACCAUUGAGUGUCACUAUAGAAACGGUUGAGGAGGAGUACAUAGUUUACUGUGAAAACGAGGAAGCCUGUCAAGUCGUACAGUUAGCUUACAUAUUACUCCUUGCAUUGCUCUGCACAUACGAAGCUUUUCAUGCGAGGAAAUUACCGGAGAGUUUCAACGAAGCCAAGUUCAUCUGUUUUUCAAUGUUCGCAUUCGUCAUGAUGUGGGUUGGAUACAUCCCAGUUUGUCUUGACAUCAUUGGUUCCACUAAACAGUUCAUGACAUGUUUGUUUAUCAUUCUCAUCAACUACUUGACAGUGAUGCUCAUCUAUCUACCAAAACUAAACAUAAUUCUCUUGCAUCCUGAGCACAACCGACAUGAAUCAUUCAGAAAAGCUACACUGAAUUCCUGCUUAAAACAGGUUCACCGACUCUCACCGACCAGCAGUCCAAGUGCAAUCCAUGACCCAAAGACAUCUUUCGAAGAGGUGGAGGAAGACGAUGGCAAUGAUAAUAACAUUUCAGAAUCGAAGAAAAAAAUACGCAGCAUUUCGACAGUCACUGAUGCUUCAUUUGGAAGUAACGAACAGUUAGUCGCGCAACACCUAGGCUUACCACAGGCAAGACGUACGAGUAAUCACGUGCCACAAUUUGACAAUGUGAUUAUCAAAAAUUCCAUGACGAGUGUAUAGUAUAUAUUAGUGACAUAUGCAAUGGACGCCAUCUUGUUUGAUCUUCAAAACACUUACUCUAACUUCCGCUCGUAUCGGGAACGGAAAAACUAGCAUGCGUAAUACGUUUGAAAAGGAACAUCCAUAAUACAGUAGGGCAUCGUUAAACCAAACCAGGAAAUAAAAGGUGAACAGAACGAUUUCACUGUAGCAUACACUCUACCAAGAUGGCAAACAACAACACGAAUUACGUCAUGCGCAAACAGGUUUUAAUGUUUUCAGCACUGAAGACAUUUGUUGAUGUAAUGUGUAAGGCAAGCGUUGUGUAAAACAGCAUAGUAUGUACAAAAUAGUUUUUAGAGACUUUAACAUUCAACCGUUUUUAGAUGUACUCAUUCAUGCAUUUACUUUAUUUGCUAUUGUCAGUAUUGUAUCGUUUAGAUUACAGCUUAAAUAUCGAGUUUGUUUCAAUUAUUGUUCCGUUGGGGCAUACUGUAAGCACUCAAAAUGUCUUUGGCCAUCCACAUCAGUUUUGUGAUUAAUGUUAGGGGCGUGUGCCUGAGCCAUCUUUCCGAAAUAUAAAUAAAUGCCACUUCCAUUAAACAUGAUAUUUGAAAAUUUUAUUUAUAAUUUAUAUACACGAUAAUUAUAAUUUUACCUCGUGCAAAAUAUGCUAAUAAUGCGAGCUUGGCGCAAAUGUAGGUCUGUCCACGACCGUUCAACCGAUUGCGGAAUUUCCGUAAAGCACUGUCUGCGCUUUGCCCAAUAUCAUGACACGAACUUUGAUGUUUGUUUUCCCAAAAGAUAUUUAAAAAUUGUUACCUUGAUGAAGACAAGUUUCUCAAUACUCCACGUAAUCCAUCUCUUACCCCCAAUACUCCACGUAAUCCAUCUCUUACCCCCAAUACUCCACGUAAUCCAUCUCUUACCCUCAAUACUCCACGUGAAUGUGUUAUUGUGUCAGCAAUCCUCUAGAUUUCAAUCUCGCAGUUUUCUCAUGUCGUUUUUCUAACCCCGUCCACUUCAUAUUUUCUAACUGUGCCUGAAUGAA